AAGUUUCCAGGGACUUUUGUCUUUACUGAUGUUCCAGAGUCAUUUUGUAUUUUCCCUGCUUUGCCCUGGAACCAGUAAUUUCUCCAAGAAGCCACAUGAAGGCUUAGAUGGAAAUAAAUUAAUCAUGAGAAAUAGAACAUCAGCGAUAGAGUUCAUUCUUCUUGGCUUGACAAAUGACCCGGAGAUUCAAGCUGUGCUCGUCUUUUUUCUGCUACUAACUUAUGUCUUAAGUAUCAUGGGAAACUUGACCAUCAUCAUGUUGACUCUGCUGGAUUAUCGCCUCCAGACUCCUAUGUACUUUUUCCUCCGUAAUUUUUCCUUUUUGGAAAUUUCCUUUACCUCUGUCUUUGUUCCCAAAAUGCUAGUCAGUAUUGGAACAGGAGACAAGAUGAUUUCCUUUGCUGGUUGCUUCACACAGUAUUUUUUCGCUAUCCUUCUGGGAGCAACUGAAUUUUACCUUUUAGCCGCCAUGUCCUAUGAUCGCUACGUUGCUAUCUGCAGACCCCUGCAUUACACAACCGUGAUGAGCAGGAGGCUCUGCCUUCAACUUGUCUUAUGCUCCUGGUUCUCUGGUUUUUUAGUCGUCUUCGUGCCGCAUGUGAUGACUCUCCAGCUGCCUUUCUGUGCCUCCAAUAUCAUCAAUCAUUACUGCUGUGACUACACCAUUUUGUUGCAUUUAGCCUGUUCAGACACACAUUUCAUAGAAGUGAUUGAAUUUGUUCUUGCUGCAGUGACGCUCAUCUUCACCUUAGCACUGGUGAUUCUUUCCUACACAUACAUUAUCAGGACAAUCCUGAGAAUCCCCUCUGCACAACAAAGGACAAAAGCUUUUUCGACUUGUUCCUCUCACAUGUUUGUGGUCUCACUUUCCUAUGGAAGCUGUAUCUUUAUGUUUAUAAAUCCUUCUGUUAAAGAAACAGCAACUUUUAACAAGGGAGUGGCUCUGCUCAAUACUUCAGUGGCCCCUCUGUUAAACCCCUUCAUCUACACCCUCAGGAACAAGCAAGUGAAAACAGCUUUCAAAGACGUGGUGGGUAAGAUAAAGUUUUUUUCAAUAAAAUGA